GGGCGGAGACGAGCUCGGGGGAGGGUUCGGACGGGUCUACGCCGCGGAGCCUGGACAGAGGCUUCGGAUUGCAGUUCGCCAGUGCAAAAUAACGGAGAAACUGGACGAGACUAUCACUUAAACUGUAUGCUUGACAGAGAACUGUUAGGAUGGGGAACAGUGCACUAAAAGCCCACCUGGAGACUGCACAGAAAACGGGUGUGUUUCAGCUGACGGGAAAAGGACUGACGGAGUUUCCUGAGGAUCUGCAGAAGCUAACAAGCAACUUAAGGACAAUAGACCUGUCGAGCAACAAAAUAGAGGUCUUGCCACCGCUCAUUGGAAAAUUCUCCUUUUUGAAGAGCCUUGCUCUAAACAACAACAAACUGACUGCUUUACCCGAGGAGCUGUGUAAGCUGAAAAAACUGGAAACACUGCACUUGAACAGCAAUCACUUGAGGCAGCUACCAGCUGCAUUUGGACAACUUUCAGCUCUCAAAACCCUGAGCCUUUCUGGAAACCAGCUUCGGACUGUGCCUACACAACUGUGUGGUCUGCGCCAUUUGGAUGUAGUAGACCUUUCCAAAAACCAGAUUCAAAACGUGCCCGACACCGUGGGAGAAUUGCAGGCUAUCGAGCUCAAUCUGAAUCAGAAUCAGAUUUCCCAGAUCUCAGUGCAGAUAUCCCACUGUCCACGCCUCAAAGUCUUGCGCUUAGAAGAAAACUGUCUAGAACUCAGCAUGCUUCCUCAGAGUAUCCUCAGUGAUUCCCAGAUCUCACUGCUUGCAGUGGAAGGCAAUCUCUUUGAAAUCAAGAAGCUCAGAGAACUGGAAGGUUAUGACAAGUACAUGGAACGAUUUACAGCCACCAAGAAGAAGUUUGCCUGAUUCUACCCCCACAUAUUCCCAGUAAGAAGUUACUGACUGAAGCACCUACUUCACUGACUUUAACUUAGACUGAUGAAGGAGAUGAUCCCAGCACUCCUCCUCUGGUAGUCUGAUAUGGUCUGUCAAGGCCACAUUGAAUAAACUUGAACUAGAGACCACGGGUAUUGAACUGUUGAACCUGUCCAGGGGCCAGUUUUGGUUUUUGUGCCACUCUAGCUUUUGCCACAAUACACGUACUCCUUUGGCAGGCUUGCUCUUUCACAAAGGAAGGGAAGGAGUGUUUCAAAGUAACAGUUCUCUUUUGUCAGGAAGCUGCCUGCUGACUUGGGAGAGAACUCUUUCUUCUGGAAACAUUUUUCCAUGGUAGCACAUGGAAGUUCUACCACCAAAGCAGAUCUGAAACAUUGUAUGUCUUGCAGAAAGCCCUACCACAUAGAGAGCUUUUACAGAGGAGGUUUUAGUUUACAACUUGUAUACUUU